UCACCAGCAGCCCAAUGGCUCCCUGUUGGUUGGUCCUCUCACCAAGUCGGACUCUGGUUGGUUUUUGUGCUUGGCCACUCGGGAGCGUGAGAGAGAUCACCGCUACAUCUACCUCUCUGUCUCAGUGUCUCAGCUGAUUCCCACCUCUCUCCCCAGAGACGGUCCAUUCCCUCGGUUCAGUAUUGACCGCUCAAGUCCGUCUUUGCUGGAAAUGCGAGCAGGACAAACUGUCCAGCUGCCCUGCACCAUCGUCCCCCUGUCAGCUCUGCAGUCUGUCAGCAUUCAGUGGACAAAAGAUGGACAGACCCUCACUGACUCCAGGUUUACCCAGAAUUCAGAUGGCACGCUGAUCGCUGGCGGACUGAAGUCCGAUGACUCUGGGGUCUACACGUGCACAGCCUCCAGUCUGCAGCAGCUGGAGCAGAGACAACUGCAACUCACAGUCCGAGCGGACCUGAAGAUCACCACGGCCCCAAACAACAUCCAGGUGCCUGAAGGCAGCACCGCUCUGCUCCCCUGUGUGGUGUCAGGAGACAACAUUAAUAUCGGCUGGUCCAGAAAUGGCGUCCCGGUGCGUCCAGACGGUCGUAACAUCCUGAAGUCAUCUGACGGCAGCUUGAUCAUAAACAAUGUGAGGUCGUCGGACGAGGGCACGUACACCUGUAACGCUUACACUGGCAUCUACUCAGUGAGCGCCACGGCUGAAGUGAGGGUCAUUAAAGACAUGCAACCAGGUGUUGAUGUGCCGCCAGAAUGUGUGGACCAGCCCGAGCUCGCCAACUGUGAGCUGAUCGUUUACGCCCGACUUUGCUCCAACUCGUACUACUCCAGUUUCUGCUGCGCCAGCUGCACCAGGCACUCACAGAAAAACGACAGGUUCGGUUGGCUGGGUUAAAAGCGCAGAGCGUUUAAAAAACUUUGGACCAGGCAGGUUUGUGCUCUGGAAACCCGAACUUUCAACUCUGAACUGCUGCAUUUGCCAAAAGGACUUAAAACACUCAUCCGACCAGGCUGUGCAGAGCCGUGCUUCAAGAAUACAAAAGGGACUGAUCACUCUAGGCGUAGUUAAAUCUGUGGAGUAGGAUUUCUACAGCUUUGUUCAGGGAGCCUUUAAAUGUAGGAAUGAUCCUGUAACGUCUGUUGAAUGUGACCAAUCAAAACUCAGACUUUUUCUUUUGAAACAUGUUUAACAUUAAGUUAUUGCUCACUGGUCUGACUUCAUGAUACACGUUCUCUGUUUUUAAGAGAACCUUACAGCUGAUGCAGGAUUUAACAUAUUGUGAAACUCCUCCAUCCUCGCUGUAGUUUUAGCCACCAUUUUAAAAACAUUUCAACAAUGCAGGAAUUUGCUUUUCGUUGAUUCUGGGACGCACCAGGAGCUCC